AUGGCUCAAGACCCUCGAGUCCUACUUCAGAAGGCAGAGAAAGCGCUGCAAGGCGCCUCAAGCGGACUAAGCUUCUUCGGCGGACGGACAGAAAAGUACGAGAACGCUGCGGAUUUGUAUACGCAAGCCGCAAAUGCUUUCAGAGUGCAGAAGCUGAACAAAGAAGCCGGGCUGGCGUUUGAAAAGGCCGCCGCAAUCCAGAAGCAGAACCUCAACGAGCCAGACGACGCAGCAAACACGUUGCAAGAAGCCUUCAAGGUCUACCGCAAAUCCGACCCCGAGGACGCCGCUCGCGUGCUCUCGGCGGCGAUUCAACACUACGUAUUAAAGGGGAAUCUGCGCCGGGCUGCCACACAGCAGCAACAUCUGGCGGAGGUGUACGAGGUUGAACUGGGCGAUACGAAGAAGGCGCUGGAAGCCUAUGAGAAAGCGGCGGAGUGGUUUGACGGUGACAAUGCGGAGGCGCUCGCGAACAAGCACUACUUGAAAGUUGCGGAUCUGGCCGCUCUCGAGGGAGACUACUACAAGGCCAUUGAGAACUACGAGAGAAUCGGCCGGUCAUCCAUCACCAACAAUCUCAUGAAGUGGUCUGUCAAGGACUACUUCCUGAAGGCUGGUAUCUGCCAUCUGGCAAGCAAGGAUAUUGUCGCCGCGAACCGCGCCCUCGAGAGUUACCGCGACAUCGAUCCUACAUUUGCCUCGACGCGAGAGCACCAGCUGCUCGUUGAUCUGGUGCAGGCUAUCGAGGCCAGUGACCAGGAAGCCUUCGCCGAUAAGUUGUUCCAGUAUGACCAGCUCAGCAAGCUGGACAAGUGGAAGACUACUCUCUUGCUGCGCAUUAAGAGCAAUAUCGAAGAGGCCGAGGAAGAUUUCGCUUAA